AUGGUACCGUCCCUCACUCGAUUAACCGUGGUUUUGUCCCUGGCAUUCGACGUCAUCGUACAUGGAGACUUACCCGUCCAUUGUCUACGGCAUGAAAUUUUUGGUGAUUGGAUAUUUCACCUUGGACCAUUAAGUCCGGAAAGAUCUAGCUGUGCCCACUCGCAACCCGACGUUAAGUAUCGGGAACCAGGAGAGGAUCGAAUGCCUCCUGGUCAAACGGGUAUUCUGCGUCUGACAUUCUCCAAUCCAAAUAGAGUUACAAUGUCAUCCGAUCCAAUGGUCAGGGGCAACUGGACGAUGGUAUACGAUGAGGGGUUUGAAGUCGCAAGUUUGAACAGUAGACCUGGUGCCACAUGGAAGGCGGCUACCUAUGCAUGGCUUGUUGGAAAGUCCCUGCGGGAGCUCAACAGAAUGAACCGUCGACGAGGGCGCACGGCACUACAUCACACGUCUUUGGUAGACUCGGAGCUGUCGAAUACAGAAGGCACACUCCCCGACAGUCUGGAUUGGAGGAACGUUGAAGGUGUGAACUACAUUGAACCCGUGAUGAAUCAAGGCUCCUGUGGAUCAUGCUACGCGAUUGCAACUAUGCGCAUGCUGUCAGCUAGGCACAAGAUACAUACCCGAAAUAUCACUGCGGUCCCAUGGAGCAUAUCGUAUCUGUGUGUGAAUUUCCCUCUGUACUGUGCCGAGUAUAACCAAGGCUGUGAUGGUGGAUUCUCCUUCCUAACGAGUAAAUGGUCUUCUGAUGUCGGCCUCUUACCAACCUCGUGUGCCGAAUAUACAGCAGAGAACGGGAAGUGUGAGAUAACAUGUGAUCCAUCCUCUUUACCCAAAUACCGGGUAUCAAACUAUCAUUAUGUUGGUGGAUACUAUGGUGGCAUCACCUCCUCAGCCCAGAUAAUGAAAGAAUUGGUCGAUGACGGCCCUCUUGUGGUGUCUAUAAAACCAGCACAUGACAUGAUGUACUACAGAAGCGGAGUUUACCGAAGCGACCUGGAACGAGACAGCUAUCAUCGUCCCGAAUGGGAAGAGGUUGGCCAUUCCGUCCUAUUGAUAGGAUACGGCGUAGAUAAUGGGGAAGAUUAUUGGCUCAUACAAAAUUCCUGGGGUCCUGAGUGGGGAGAAGAUGGAUACCUACGUUUAGCUCGAGGUAUGGAUGAAUCUGGAGUUGAGAGCAUAGCAGUCGCGGCGGAUGUUGUUGAGGAUCAGAGACCUCUAGAUAUGUUCAAGAACUUCGAGAUCAAGCCAAUUGAAUAA